AUGAAUGCUUCUGAAAAAGUACCCGUCCCCAAUCACCACUCCCAAAUUUAUAUCGGACCAAAGAACCCCACUGAACAUUCUGUUGAUCUUGCUACUAGAGAGAUCAGAGAGGUGGUCGGAUCCAUUAACAAAUUUAAGGGUGGUUGCUUUUGUCUCUGGGGAUUUGGGUUCAGUCCAAUCGUUUAUGAUUACAAAAUAGCGAGAAUUCAACUUAACGAGUCUAGGAAGGUUAAUGGGGUGGAAGUGUAUUCAUUAUGUUCGGGGUCAUGGAAGAAAGUAGGAUUUGAAAGUUUACCAGGCGUGAGCGAUGCUUAUGGCUUUCAAGAUGUUGCUGUCACUGCCAAUGGAGUUAUGUAUUGGCUUGCGGAAGUUCCUGACAUGAUAAUUUCAUUUGAUCUAGCAAUGGAAGUCUUUAUAUUGAUACCCAUGCCUCCUUUAGACUCUAAUUACAGACGUUCUGCGCUUGCUGUCUUUGAGCACAAACUUGCUAUCCUUUCUCUCUCUUUUCCUUGUGUGCGUUAUGCUUUUGAGCUGUGGGUGAUGGAGGAGUAUGCAGGUGGUUUAUCAAGGGAAAAGUGCAAUUGGACUAAGAAAUAUACUAUGUGUCGUUUAGGUCUUUUGAUGGCUUGUUCCAGCCGGCGAUUGCUUGGAGGAAUCAAAUAG